CCUUCUUUGCCCCAAAUUAAGCUUUACUUUUCUCAUUCCUCUUCUCUCACCUAACAAUAUCAAAGUCUCAUCCUUUUUUCACUUAAAACUUUAAUAAUUUCUGUACGAACGAACAAUCAUCUCUGAUUCUUCGAAUCUCAAAGAAUCUCUCAAAAAAAAAAAAUUAAAAUUUUUGAUUUGAUGGGUUGUACAACCUCUAAGCUCGACGAUCUCCCAGCAGUAGCGCUUUGUCGUGACCGUUGUGGUUUCUUAGAAGCAGCGAUUCAUCAACGUUACGCUUUAGCCGAAGCUCACGUCGCUUACACACAAGCCCUUAAAGGAAUAGCUCAGCCUCUUCACAAAUUCAUCAAUCACCACCGCCGUGAAGUUGAAGAUGACGACGAUUCGGAUUCACCCAAGAAAGCUAAACCCAAGAUGGGUUCUUCUGGGUCGGGUCAUCUCGAGUUCGAUUCGGAUUCUGAUGACGACGAUACUGAUUCUUUGCAUUCGUCUCCUCUGCAUCAUCAUCUAGACGAAGACCCGAAUCCGAAAUCGUAUUUGCAUAUGAACUUUAUGAAGAAUAGUUCUAUGCCUCCUUCUGUGGUUUAUGAGCAGAGACCUUCGAGUCCUCAGAGGGUUUAUUUCGGCGAGUCAUCAUCAUCCUCUGGCUAUAAUCCGAGAUAUUCGAAUUACGGACCUGAAUCUUCACCGAAGUUGCCUCCGCCGCCACCGUCGCCGCCGAGGGAAAAGGUUUGGGAUUUCUUAAACCCUUUUGAUACUUAUUACACUCCGUACAGUCCUAGUCGUGAUUCGAGAGAGUUGAGAGAGGAAUUGGAUAUUCCGGAUUUGGAGGAAGACGAUGAGGUUGUGAAGGAAGUAGUACAUGGGAAACAGAAAUUUGUGGCUACGGCUUCUGUGGAAGAGCCUGCAAGUAACUCUGGUGGUGCCAGCACUAGCGGCGGAGGAGGUCAGGCUUCUUUGUAUCAGACUAGGCCAACUGUGUCAGUUGAGAAAGAAGAUAUGGAGCACGAGGUUCAUGUCGUGGAGAAGAAAGUUGUUGAGGAUGGUAGUGGUGGAGACGAGGUGCGGAGGAGUAAUGCUGCGGCUGCACAUAGCAGUCGGGUCCGGCGUGGGGUGCCUGAGGUUGCGAAAGAGAUAGAAGCUCAGUUCUUGAGAGCUGCAGAGUCAGGAAGUGAGAUUGCAGUGAUGCUUGAAGUGGGCAAGCAUCCUUAUGGUCGCAAACAUGUUUCGUCAAAGAAGCUGCAGGAGGUAACCCCAUCACUAUCUGUGGUUUCGCCAGCUCAAUCAUCAACCUCCAAGAAAACUAAAGCUGAUGCCUCUUCUCCAUUGGCUGCUCCUACUUACGCAGACAUUGAGGCAGAGCUUGCUUUAAGGUCUCGUAAUCUUUCUUCGACAUUGCACAAGCUCCAUCUCUGGGAGAAGAAGCUUUACGAGGAAGUCAAGGCCGAGGAAAAACUGCGUGUAACCCAUGAGAAAAAGUUGAGGAAGCUGAAGCGUUUGGAUGAAAGAGGUGCCGAGGAUCUAAAAGUAGAUUCAACACGAAAGUUAGUGAGAAGUUUGUCCUCAAAGAUAAGGAUUGCAAUUCAAGUUGUUGAUAAAAUCUCCGUGACUAUUAACAAGAUAAGAGACGAAGAGCUAUGGCUGCAACUGAAUGAAUUGAUCCAAGGGCUUAAUAGAAUGUGGAUUUCCAUGCUUGAGUGCCAUAGAAGUCAGUUUGAGGCUAUUAAGGAAGCCAGAGGUUUAGGCCCCAUUAGAGUGAGCAAAACACUUGGUGAUGAUCAUCUCGAAGCUACAAGGAUGCUUGGGCAUGAACUUAUAAAUUGGAUUGUAGGAUUCUCCAGUUGGGUUAGUGCGCAAAAAGGUUUUGUAAGAGAACUGAAUAGCUGGCUUAUGAAGUGUCUUUUCUAUGAACCUGAGGAAACUCCUGAUGGAUUCGUUCCUUUUUCUCCUGGUCGUAUUGGGGCUCCAUUGAUCUUUGUGAUAUGUAACCAGUGGGAACAAGCUCUGGAUAGAAUAUCAGAGAAGGAAGUUAUCGAGGCUAUACGCCGUUUCACUACGAGUGUGCUGCAUCUCUGGGAAAAAGAUAGGUCCGAAACCCGGGAGAGGAUGACGGGGCAGGGUGAUCCAAGAAAUGUGGACCGAGAGGAACAAAGAUUACAGAAAGAGAUUCAAGAACUGGAGAGGAAAAUGGUUCUGGUGGGUCCGGGCGAGGAUAACAUUGUCUACCAAAGCGACACUAGUAACGAUAGUUUACAAGGUAGUCUUCAACGUAUAUUUGAAGCUAUGGAGAGAUUUACAGAGGAAUCAGUGAAAGCUUAUGAGGAUCUCUUGCAUCGUGCUGAAGAAGAAUGCGGCUCUCGCGAAACAGAUGAAGACUAAUGAAAAACCAUGGAGGAAAAUAUCGCUUGACCAAAAUGAUCAUAGACUUGUGAGUUGAUUCACGUGCUAUAUAUAGACAGCUAAGUUAUGCUUGGCCAUGAUGAUGCAUGAUCCACCAUGACUCAGUCUGUAGACUGGAGCACCAGACCACAUUCAUAUAUAUGGAUGGUAUCUAAGGCACCAGGAAGUUAAUGUAUCACCUUCCUCGUACACGCGCAAUAACUGCUCUGCAGAAGACAUGGGAUAGAGAAAUGGAUCAAUGCUCAGUUAAUGGAUGUGGUCAUGUGCUAUGUGCCCUAUUUUAGAAGGGGCAUGGUUGGCACAUGUGAAUUACCCAAUUUUGUAUAGCUUAAUCUUUUCUUAGAACGUUACUAUGCUCCACUAUCUAUGUCCACAACAUUUUUCAGUCUAUGAACAAAAAUCUUGACAGAUUUAUAAAUGUUUGGUUUUAAUAA